AUCGUAAUUCAGAAGACAAAAAUACAAAACGCAAAUGUGACACAUCAGAAAAGCGCGAAGUGAAAUAAUAUUAUUGAAUAGAACUGUGCGUGCAUUUUUCAGCAAUAUGGAAAAAUUAAAAGCUGGUGAAUUUGUCUAUCUUACGGAUUAUGUGUUAAGAAUUCUUUCACAAAACCGUGUUACAACUAUACUGGAGUUCUUGCAAGAGGAUACAGGAAAGUUAUCUACUCUUACAAAACUUAGUUUACCCCAAAUACUAGCUUUAAGAAACGAUAUAUUUAAAAAAUAUUCGGCUCCUAUCGUGAAUGGGUCAGCACUGCUAUUUAAAAGUAUGAAUAAUAAAAGACUUUUAAGUACCGGAAUCAAUAAUUUGGAUGCCAUCUUAAAUGGAGGAAUACCAACUGGAUACUUAACAGAACUAUGUGGUUUAGCGGAAUCUGGCAAAACUCAGUUAUGCCUACAGCUAGCAAUAAACACUGUUAAAAACAGCGAAAACACUGUACUCUAUAUUGAUACUAAAGGGGACUUUUCUGCUACUCGGAUACAAAAGAUAUUAGAUGCUUGUGGCUGCUCUCAUAAGGAAAUGGCCAUAGUAAUGUUUAAAAUAAGAGUCAUUCACAUUUGGACUAUGGAUGAAAUUCUUGAAUUUCUAAAAAGGAUAAAGAAUAAAACAAUAAUUAUAGAAAGAUUAAGUUUAAUCAUUAUAGACUCAUUGCCAUGUUUGAUGUUCCAACAUUUGGGCGAUGAUAACAAAAUUGGCUUAACAUUUUUAAACACUUUUGUUAAUUACAGUAGGUAUUUAUGCAAAGAAUUUGAGUUGGUUAUGCUGUGUGUAAAUAUACAAACAAGAUGGAUUGACCAAGCUACUGCAGAUCUUGAAGAUGUCAACAACCAAUCUACAUCAGUUAAUAAAGAAAUGUAUAUGGAGAAGCGAAAUCGCUGCUUAGGAAGGUAUUGGCAACAAAUACCAGCUCUUGUGAUAUUAUCAGAAAAAUGUCAUAGCGCUUCAAAAGAAGUUUGUGUAUUAAUCAACGUUUCUGUUAUAAAGUUUAAUAACAUAAAAUGUGAUAAAAAAUGUGUUUUAAAAAUCAGUGAUGGAGGUGUUACGUAAAUAAAAUUAAUUUUCCUCAUUCCGUUUGUUGGUGCCCUUUUUGGAUUUCGCCAGUAUUGAGUUUAUUCCGACUAGAUCUUCUAAGAUAUAUAAUACCUUCUAUAUACUAAAUAUCUGCCAUCCACUAACUAAAACGCGUGAAAGUGACAAAUUGUCAAGUAUCCGUUUUAAAUAGAAAAAAUAGAGCACAUAAUGCUCUUUUAAAAUUAGUUAACGUGUUCGACUUAUC